ACGUAGAAACACGCACGCACGCACGCGCGCCGUAAAAUGCCAUGGCAACCGAACGAUGACCCGACCGAGGGUAUAUAAGGUCAGCGCACUUUCUGAACGUUCCCUUUGCUCUUUGACUUGAACGCGAACUUUAAACCUCCCGUGAAAGCAAACUGCUGAGAACAAAACCUUUGAGUUUUUGACUACUGAGCGGAUUCUACUGGAUACCGAUAUUGUUGGAGAAGUGAACUACUGUAUAACAUCUUUAGUGGAGCACAGACGAGGCUGAAACAGGCCCUCAGGAGCGGCGGAGGAGCGGCGGAGCAUCGAGGACGACCACCGGCUGAAGGAAGUUGGCUGAUUGGAACCUUCAGUGUUCAACUGGUGUUACCUGCAUCAUGGAACGUCCCACACAACCCUGCCCCCUCGGUGAUGACCACGGCGUUCUCCUCAACUCCUCGGAUGAGGUAGGUGAGGUAGGUUAUGCUGUGGGUGAAGUUGAUUUUAUUCCCCUGGCCUUCCCGGAUGACAACGAGGAGCAGGAAAAGGAUGAAGAGGAGGAUGAAGAGGAGGAUGAAGAGGAGGAGGAAGAGGAGCGGCCCAUGUUGGCAAUGGACAGGCAACUGAUGCACUUUGGUCUGGAGGCAGCAUUGUAUUUUCUGGAGGAGCAACACCAUGAGGAGGAAGAGGAUGAUGAGGACGGGAAGGAUUCUGGGUACGACUCCAUGUCUGUGUGCGACUCCCUUUCUGAGGACGAUUGGAUGGACUGGGUGGCACCUACAGAAGAAAUGCAACAAGAAGCUUUCCUGCAGUUUGUACUACUGCAACAUCCCCCACUUCCUUCACAUGUGGACCUUCCCGAAGAAGCGCCGAGUCCAGUUCCCCAGACGUCAGGAUUGUCCACCAAGAGGAGCAGGGAAGAGGACGACGCAGGGCAGGUAAGUAGGAAGAGGCAGAGGGAUGAGGACGACCAUGUGGACACAGCCGAAGAGGACUACAGGAACUCGGCACCCUCCACUUCAGGCCUCGCACCCUCCACUUCAGGCCGAGCCCCACCCACAUUCAGAAGAUACUGGCAGUGGGCGGAAGACAGCGACUCGGAUUGAUGUCCUGAAGAAGCGCUGACAGCGCGUCAGGAGUGUCCUCCAAGAAGAGGACAACACAGGGCAGGUAAGUGAGAAAAGGCUGAGGGACGGUUACGAGGACCAUGUGGACAGUCCCUUGUUCUUCAGGGCUAGGCCCCUCAUCCACUAAAAUGACCAAGGAAGAGGACUACAACAUACUGGCAGUUGGCUGAAAACAGCAACUUGAUUGACAGCGACAUUCUGCUUGCUGCAGGAUGUAAAAACCGCCAUCCGCCGUGUUCAGCGAGGUUGGCUAUAGGUAGCAUCUUGCAGCAGAGUUUUUAGGCAUAUCUUUAUGGAUUGAUAAAUUUGCAUCCAGUGCAAUCGCCCCCACUUCCUUCUCUUGUGGAAUGUCCUGACGAAGCACUAAUCCCAGUCCUUCAGAUGUCAGGAGUGUCCUCCAAGUA